AUGUUGAAAAAUUAUAAUAAAAUUUCUUUUAAUUUGAAUUCAAAAAUAGAAAAUGGUCCAUUAUGUCCAUCUUUUCUUUCUGAGAGAGAUCAAUUAUCAACUAUUGAAAUUGCUGCAAAAUAUUCAUCUUAUUCAACUAAAUUAGAUGAUAAUAUUUAUGUUCAAUCAUGUCAAGUAUUUAUUUGUUCAAAAAAUUCCACAAAUAAUGAAAUAGGAUCAGAUAAUGUUAUAGAUGAUAUAACAAUAUGUGGUCUUAUUGAUUAUAUAGAUUAUGGUUAUGAAAUCAAUUCAUUUCUUCUUAGUAUUGGAGUCGUUUCUUAUUCAUUAGCAGAAAAUCUUAUUGAUUUACUAAUUGAACGUCAAUCAAAUUAUUAUCAAGAAAAUCAAGAUGAUUGUCUAAUAGCUAAAUUACAUGUUUAUACGAAUUGUUUAAAAUAA